AUGACAGCAGCAAACCAGGAGCAGAACCAGAACCAGAACCACGUUGAAGCCCCUGCACCAGUGCACGCCAAUGGUGUAAAUAGGGAGAAUAUCAUCACGCGGAUUGAUCGUGACCUUUACGAGGCUGCAGUCAAAGGAAACUUCCAAGCGUUCGUCAAUCUCCACAGCAUCCACACUCUUCUCACCCCUAACAAGAACACCGUCCUUCAUGUCCACUUGACAUCCCGAACAACCCAAACAAUUUCACAAAAUGUGUGUCUAAAUUUCAUAAAGCCAACUCCCGAUACAGCAGUUUCAGAGGAAUUUGUGAAAAAUAUUCUUCACAAUUAUAAUCUCAGAUCUAAAAUCGGUCUACUCCCUAAUGCUAAAGGUGAAACGCCUCUUCAUGUAGCUGCUAGAUAUGGACACUACAGCAUCGCAAAAUUACUAAUUCAACAUGCUAAGGCUUUUCUUCCUGACAUUGAACAUGGGAUAGGAGCAGAAAAAAACUACAUUAGAGCAAAAACUUGUGAUGGAAACACAGCUUUACAUGAAGCAGUGAUUAGUCAUCACAUUAAAGCUAAGGAGACUCCACUUUAUUUGGCAGCAGAGAGAAAAUAUACGCAAAUAGGGCACGAAAUUUUACACAAACUCAAAUCACCGGCAUAUGAUGGCCCCAAUGACAGAACGGCGUUGCAUGCUGCCGUCAUUAACCGUGAUUUAGCAAUGACAAAAGAUCUUGUAGCGAAUAUGCACGUGAGAGGUGCGCUGAAACAUAAGGACAACAAAGGUUGGAUUCCUCUUCAUCAUGCAGUGAAAAUCGGGGACCGAGAUUUGACAAGGUUUCUCCUUCGACAAGAUGAAGACACUGCAUACAUACAAGAUAAGGAGGGCAGAACAGCUCUUCAUGUUGCUGCUUAUUGCGGUCAUCCAUUUAUCGUCGAAAUCAUCAUAGAACACUGUCCAGAUUGUUCAGAGAUAUUGGAUAACAAUGGUUGGAACGCUCUUCAUUAUGCCGUCAAUGGGAACAAUAUCCGCAUUGUGAAUAAAAUCAUGCAAAACCUCUCACUCAGCAACCUUUACAAUGAGAAAGAUGUUGAUGGAAACACACCCCUUCAUCACCUCGCAAAUUCCCGGAUCAAAGGACUAUCGUUGAUAUAUCACGGCAGAGUUGACAAACUGAUCGUCAACAAGAGAGAUCAAACUGCCCUCGAUGUUGCCCACAGUAGGGAAGAUUCAGUUUUACAAUUGAGACAGCAGGGGUUAAUAAUGCGAUUAGAAAAGACUGGAGCUAGACGAAGUCAGCGAAAUGUAGAAGUGAAAGAUGAACAAAACAACAUGUUAGAGUUUACUAAGGAAGCAAAGGAAUCACAUCUAUUGGUGGCGACACUGAUUGCAACGGUGAGUUUUGCGGCUGGGAUUACCCUACCGGGAGGGACCAUAAUAGAUGGCGAUAAUAAGGGGUCCCCUAUUUUAGGACACAGAGCCUCUUUCAGAGCAUUCAUGAUAUCAAACACUAUAUCUCUUGUUCUGGCAGCUUCUGCAGCUUUCAUACACCUUUUCUCACCUCUGAACAAAGCCAAGUGGAAGGAUGGUUAUCUCUCCCAAGUAGCCUUCUCAUUCACUUUGGUUGCAAUAGCAACAAUGAUUGUGGCAUUUGCCACUGCCACUUAUGCUGUGUUGGGAUCUUCCUCAUUUGGCAUUGCAGUUAUCACCACUGGAUUGGCCUUCUUCCUUGUCUUUAGGCAGGCGCUGAAAAUCAAUUUCAGAGGCUCCUUUAUCGUUGCAUUUAUACAAAACAUAGCCGAUAUAAUCAUAUUUCCUUUCAUAAUAUUCGCCCCCAGACCCUGGGGUUUCUUCUUUCUCCCAUUUGAAAGACAUCACUUUCAGCGAAAAGUCAUCUUCUAG